GAAAGAGGCGGGGAAACCGGGAGGGAGCGAAGGAGAAAGGAAAGCUGCCGGAGGGCAGGAGUGGAAAGGACCCUGGCGAGCGCCGGGAGGAGCGGCGGCUGCGAGACUGGCUGCCGGGCAGGCACAGGGACAGGUACCUGGAGAAGUACUGGGAGGGCGCCCAGGAGCGCUACCGGGAGAGGGUGGUGAAGCGCAGGGCCAAGAGCGCGAAGCAGGUCGGGGAGGACCGGGUCGAGGGGAAGUACCCCCUGGAGAAGAAGCCCCACUGUCUGAGGCAUCUAGGGACAGUGGAGACCGAGGAGGAGGAGGAGAAGAAGGCCUGUGGAAGGAAGACCAGCCACUUGGAAGUCCCGCAGCCUCAACUCCGGCGGCCCACAGUCAGAUUCAGUAUCUACCCAACAUCUCCACGCGCGUCUCAGCGGUUCCUCCCCUGCUGCCUCUCGGGCAGCACUGCCAUUAACGAGCUGGCGAAGAUGGGGGACCCGAAUCUCCUCGAAGUGUUGGCGGAGGAAGGGAAAAUAGCCCACAAAGACAUAGACUACUCUUUCCAAAUGAGUGAGCAGAGCCUGAGCAGCAGAGAGACCAGCUUUCUCAUCAACGAAGAAACAAUGCCUGCAAAGCGAUACAAUUUGUUCCUGAGGCGGCGGCUUAUGUUUCAAAGAAAUCAGCAAAGCAAAGAUUCUAUCUUCUUUCGAGAUGGGAUUAGGCAAAUUGACUUUGUGCUUUCCUAUGUUGAUGACAUAAAGAAAGAUUCAGAGUUAAAGGCGGAAAGAAGAAAAGAGUUUGAAAAAAAUCUCAGAAAAACAGGUCUUGAGUUGGAAAUUGAAGACAAAAGGGACUCUGAAGACGGAAGAACUUAUUUUGUCAAGAUCCAUGCCCCUUGGGAGGUAUUAGUUACCUAUGCUGAAGUCUUGGGAAUCAAAAUGCCUAUUAAGGAGAGUGAUAUCCCACGCCCUAAGCACACUCCUAUAAGCUAUGUGCUUGGACCUGUAAGACUCCCACAGAAUGUGAAGUAUCCCCAUCCUGAAUAUUUUACUGCCCAAUUCAGCAGACAUCGGCAGGAGCUGUUCCUCAUUGAAGAUCAAGCAACCUUCUUUCCAUCCUCAUCAAGAAACAGAAUUGUGUACUAUAUUCUCUCAAGAUGUCCUUUCGGCAUAGAAGAUGGGAAGAAAAGGUUUGGGAUUGAAAGACUGCUAACAUCUAACACGUAUUCAUCAGCCUAUCCACUCCACGAUGGCCAAUAUUGGAAGCCAUCAGAACCUCCCAAUCCUGCUAAUGAAAGAUACAUACUUCGCAAGAAUUGGGCUCGAUUUUCCUAUUUCUACAAGGAGCAGCCUUUAGAUUUGAUUAAGAAUUAUUAUGGAGAAAAAAUUGGCAUCUAUUUUGUCUUUCUUGGAUAUUACACAGAAAUGCUGUUCUUUGCAGCUAUAGUUGGAUUAGCUUGUUUUAUUUAUGGUUUAUUAUCAAUGGAACAUAACGCAUGCAGCAUGGAAAUCUGUGACCCUGAGAUUGGUGGUCAGAUGAUCAUGUGCCCACUCUGUGAUCAAGUAUGUGAUUAUUGGAGAUUAAACAGUACGUGUUUAGCCUCGAAGUUCUCCCAUUUGUUUGAUAAUGAGUCAACAGUGUUCUUUGCAAUAUUCAUGGGAAUUUGGGUCACCUUAUUUUUGGAGUUUUGGAAACAACGACAAGCCAGACUGGAAUAUGAGUGGGACCUGGUAGACUUUGAGGAGGAACAGCAGCAGCUCCAGCUGAGACCGGAAUUUGAAGCUAUGUGUAAACACAGGAAAUUGAAUGCAGUGACUAAGGAGAUGGAACCUUACAUGCCUCUAUACACACGUAUUCCAUGGUACUGUUUUUCAGGAGCCACAGUGACAUUAUGGAUGUCUCUUGUCGUCACCAGUAUGGUAGCUGUAAUUGUGUACCGCCUGUCAGUCUUUGCCACAUUUGCUAGUUUCAUGGAAAGUGAUGCAUCCUUAAAGCAGGUCAAAAGCUUCCUUACUCCUCAGAUAGCUACAUCACUCACAGGAUCGUGCUUGAACUUUAUAGUCAUCUUGAUCCUGAAUUUCUUUUAUGAAAGGAUAUCUGCCUGGAUUACAAAAAUGGAAAUUCCUCGAACUUACCAGGAGUAUGAGAGCAGUCUAACCUUGAAAAUGUUCCUGUUUCAGUUUGUAAAUUUUUACUCAGCCUGCUUCUACGUAGCUUUCUUUAAAGGAAAGUUUGUAGGCUAUCCUGGAGAAUACACAUAUUUAUUUAAUGAGUGGAGAGGUGAAGAGUGUGAUCCUGGAGGCUGUCUUAUAGAAUUGACAACCCAGUUGACCAUUAUAAUGACGGGGAAACAGAUUUUUGGAAACGUUAAAGAAGCCAUUUAUCCCUUGGCUUUGAAUUGGUGGAGACGCCGAAAAGCUCGGACAAACUCUGAGAAGCUGUAUAGUCGAUGGGAGCAGGAUCAUGACCUUGAAAGUUUUGGACCCCUUGGGCUUUUUUAUGAGUACUUAGAAACAGUUAUUCAAUUUGGAUUUGUUACACUAUUUGUGGCCUCUUUUCCUUUGGCUCCUCUUCUUGCUCUCAUAAAUAAUAUUGUAGAGAUUCGAGUGGAUGCCUGGAAACUUACCACUCAGUACAGGAGAACUGUAGCUUCUAAAGCUCAUAGCAUAGGUGUUUGGCAAGACAUUCUUUAUGGAAUGGCUGUCCUUUCUGUUGCAACUAAUGCUUUUAUUGUUGCAUUUACGUCGGACAUCAUUCCUCGUUUAGUUUACUAUUAUGCUUACUCAACAAAUGCCACGCAGCCUAUGAGAGGAUAUGUCAAUAACAGCCUGUCAGUAUUCCUGAUAGCUGAUUUUCCAAACCACACUGCACCCUCGGAAACACGAGACUUCAUCACUUGCAGGUACAGAGAUUACAGACAUCCUCCUGAUGAUGAGAAUAAAUAUUUUCACAAUAUGCAAUUCUGGCAUGUCCUUGCUGCCAAGAUGACCUUCAUCAUUGUUAUGGAACAUGUUGUGUUUUUAGUUAAAUUUUUGCUGGCCUGGAUGAUACCUGAUGUUCCAAAAGAUGUUGUGGAGAGAAUCAAGCGAGAAAAGUUAAUGACUAUCAAGAUUCUCCAUGACUUUGAGCUCAACAAAUUAAAAGAGAACUUGGGAAUUAAUUCUGAUGAACUUGCCAAGCAUGUCAUGAUUGAGGAAAACAAAGCACAGCUGGCUAAAUCAACAAUCUAGUCAGCAUAAUGAGGAAGCAGCAGGUGGCUUGCCUUACUUCUUUUUCCUCUGGGUUUAGGGCCAGAGGCUAGAAGCCAUGUGUCAAUUUUCUCCUUUCUUUCUUUUUUUUUUUUUAACUCAAAGUUUUUAUACACUUUUGUAGAGGCCAACUUUGUGAUGUUGGGAGUGUGCUACUUCUCUGCUUCAUUGAUUGGGCCCUCUCCAGAAUAUAUUGUCUGAGGUGCUGUAAAUGACUGUUGAAAGUGCGGGUAAAAUCAAAAUACUGGGAAAUCAUGGAGUCUUGCAGUUUAGAAAACACGGGCCUUGGGCUGUCCCAUCACUUUCCAGUGCAUCUAUGUAUUUUUAUGGUCUUCUCUUGGGUUGAUACCUCUUUCCCCAUUAAGGAAAACGUUGGGGCAAAACAAAAGGAAUCAAAGAGGCUGACUGAGCCUUAUAUAUUCUAUCAUUCUAAAAUAUGAAAAGGAAUUGCCAAAAUCAGAUCACAUAAGAAAAUUCACAAAUUAAAGCAUUAACAUAUCAUAGCAGAGGUUUAUUCCUGAAAUUGUCCUGAACACAUUCAACUACCGUCAGAAUCCCAGAUAGUUCUUCCUGGUAAAUACAGAAUUCAUUUUCUGGAGACUGAAAUUUUGGAUUUCAACAGAAAACUAACAAUUCAAUUCUUAGAGAUAAGUAUUUGGUAAUAAUAGUUUCAAGACUGAUCUUAUCUGGAAAACAACAUUAUGCAGCGGUUAGAUUGCUUCAGGCUCUCAAGUAAAGAUAUAAUAGUAAAGUAAGGGUGUUUCCUUAGUAGUUAAUGGAUGCAAGACAGUGUAUAUUGAUUAAUUUGUUAAUUUUAAUCUAGAAAAUUGUUAAAUUAUUCCUCAAAAAUUACUUUUCUUUUUGAAUGCCAAUUUUGCAUCAUGAAGCUUUUUUGUAUAAGUUAGGUACAAGUUGUUUAUGAUAAACAUUUUUUUGCUUUAAAAUAAUUGCGAAUCUUUAAUAAGUUUUCAGGCUUUUGUGUUCAUGUGCCACCUUAUAUGAUGCUCAGUGCCUUGUUCCAAUACCUCUGAUACACAAGAAGUCAUGUUGUUAGCUAGCGACUUGAUGUGAUGUAACAUCUUAAAUGUAAGCUUGUCUUAAAUAAAUUCUCAGUGUAACAACCACCACAGACUUGAAUGCCAAAAGAGAAUCAACCAACUAAGAAUGACUUCAUGAACUUAAUAAUCUAAGGGGGAAAGAAAUGUUUGCUGAAUUAUUUCUCUCAAAUUUAGGCCUGUGUUAUAUGCAUAAAAAUCCUUGUUCUUUUUUCACUUAAAAAUAUUAAAUAUGUAUAAAUCGGUGUAUCUGCACACACACAUUAUCUAUAUAUAAAAUUAUUAGCACCAGAGCAAUACAGUCCAGUUAUGUAGUAUUUGAAAAUCUAGUUUCAAAUUAUAAUUCGCCUCCAAAAGAAUAUUGUUUUUUAAUCACACGCAUAAGAGAUUUUAUCACAAGAUUUAAAAGUAAUAUUUUGUUAUCUAAUACUAAUAAAUUGUUGUGGUACUGCCAGUAUUAAACAUAUGGCAGAUGGUAUUAACCACUGAUCGGUAGUAAGCAUUUAGAACUGAAGAUUAUGGAUUUUCUAAACUAUGAGACAGUCACCCCAGUUUGGGCGGGGACCAAUCCCCAGUACUGAUUUGUUAUCCACUGGGUAGACUUUAUAAACAUUCUUGGGUAAUUUGAAAUGAUCUCAUUAUUGAAAGAUGAUUUCAUAUGUAGAGGAGAUAAUAUUUCUUUCUUGAAAAAGCCAGUCAGGGUUACCAUGAUGUGUGCCACAGGUGCAGGAUCUUCGGCUUGCCAACUCAGAUUCUGCAUCGCUACAGCAUACAUGCACACAGCUUGUAUUGCUUCCUUCCUGGGUGCUGAUAAUAAGAAAGUGCAUGGAAAUUGGUUUCUUGAAUAUAAGCUUUAAUUUUUUAAGGCUUAAAAGUAUUCAUAGAGCUAGACUGCAUGAUAAAUAAGGACAAAUUUAAUUCACAAAGUUAUCUGUACACUGCAAUUUUAAAAUAUAUCAACUAAAGUACUGGAUUUCUGGAAGUGUAUGGAGAAAACAGCAAGGGAAGAAAUUGCUUUUAAGAU